AAAUCAGUUGCUCGUGUUAGGUCGUUAAAGAGACAAGCUCCGAACAGAUAGAAAAUUCGAUUUUUCAUUAGAAUAAUUAUUUGUUUGUAGAAAAAAAAUUGAAAAGUUGAUUACUUUUUUGUCCAACACCUUUGUGAAAAGAAUUUAUAGAUUAUUUAGGUCAAAUUUAAUUAGAAAUUUCGAAAAUUUAAAAAGUAGAAGGCACAGAAAUUGUGAAGAAAGUGGAAAAUUUAUUGAUUUUUCGCUAAACUUUUCCUUCCCACAUUCAAUAAAUUUCCUGUGUGAAAAGCAGAGAAAAUUUCAAGUGCAUUUGAAAGAACUUUAAAAAGAAAAGAUGCCAUCAGAUAAAAGCAUUUUCCAGCCUGAUCAGAAGCUGGCAAGGUCGGCCUAUGUAUCAACAUUCCAACAAUAUGAAGAAUCUUAUAAAGAGUCCAUCGAACAUCCUGAAAAUUUUUGGGGAAAUGUCGCUAAACAGUUUCAUUGGGAAACUCCAUACGAUCUCAGCAACUUUAAUUCAUUUAAUUUUGAUAUUUCCAAAGGCCCAAUUUCCAUUAAAUGGAUGGAAGGUGCUUCAACAAACAUUUGCUAUAAUUUAUUGGAUCGAAACAUUAAAAAUGGACAUGGCGAUAAAAUUGCAUUUUUUUGGGAAGGCAACCACCCAGAUGACUACAGUCGUUUAACAUAUCGCAAGCUACUCGAAGAAGUUUGUCGCUUUGCUAAUGUUUUAAAGCAACAUGGAAUUAACAAAGGCGAUCGUGUUUCAUUCUACAUGCCAAUGGUCAUGGAAUUGCCAAUCGCUAUGCUUGCAUGUGCUCGUAUCGGUGCAGUUCAUUCAAUUGUUUUUGCAGGUUUCUCAUCUGAUUCAUUAGCUGAACGAAUGAAUGAUUGUAAAGCUAAGUUAUUGAUAACAGCUGAUGGUGCUUGGAGAGGCGAGAAACUCUUAAACUUAAAAAAGAUUUGUGAUCAAGCUUUAGAUAAAGCUGAGGAACUUGGUCAUCAUGUCGAAACUUGUAUCGUCGUGUCACACAUCAAACGAGUGACAGCACCAAAGGAAGAGCUCGUCGAUGACUUCUCAGUUGAUAUGCGUGAUGACCGAGAUUUCUGGUGGCACGAUGAAAUGGAAGAUGCUGAACCAAGUUGCUAUCCUGAAUGGGUUGCUGCUGAAGAUCCACUUUUCAUGCUUUACACUAGUGGAUCAACUGGAAAGCCUAAAGGCGUUCUUCACACCACCGGUGGUUAUCUUCUCUAUGCAAGCACAACAUUCAAAAUUGUUUUCGACUAUAAACCCAACGAUGUUUAUUGGUGCACUGCUGAUAUUGGUUGGAUCACUGGACAUACUUAUGUAUUGUAUGGACCUUUAGCUAAUGGCGCUACAUCUGUCAUGUUUGAAGGAACGCCAUUUUAUCCUGACAAUGAUCGAUAUUGGGCAGUUAUUGACAAAUAUAAAGUCAGCCAAUUUUACACAGCACCAACGGCAAUCAGAUCACUGAUGAAAUUUGGAGAUUCUCCAGUUUUGAAGCAUAGCUUGGAAACUUUGAAAGUGUUGGGAAGUGUUGGUGAACCAAUCAACCCAGAAGCAUGGCUUUGGUACUAUAAAAUUGUAGGCAAGGAACGUUGUUCAAUUGUCGACACAUUCUGGCAGACUGAAACUGGUGGUCACGUCAUCACGCCGUUGCCAGGUGCAACUCCAAUGAAACCAGGUUCAGCUUCGUUUCCAUUCUUUGGAGUGAAGCCGAUGUUACUUGAUGAAGGUGGGAAGGAAAUUCAGGGUGAAGGCGAGGGUUAUCUUGUUUUUUCACAACCAUGGCCAGGAAUGAUGAGAACAGUUUAUAAUGAUCACAAAAGAUUUGAGUCCACAUAUUUUUCAAAGUUUCCUGGAUAUUAUUGUACGGGUGAUGGUGCACGACGUGAUGCUGAUGGUUAUUUGUGGAUCACGGGAAGAGUUGAUGACAUGUUGAAUGUCUCUGGUCAUUUGAUGUCAACUGCUGAAGUUGAAGCUGUGCUUACAGAACAUACAAGAGUAUCAGAAGCUGCUGUUGUUUCCCGCCCACAUCCAGUCAAAGGUGAAUGUCUCUACUGCUUCAUAACGCCUAACCAAAAUGAAGUAUUCGAUAAGAAGCUCGUUGAUGAACUUAAAGUUUUAGUUCGUGAGAGAAUAGGUCCCUUUGCUCAACCAGACGUGAUUCAAAAUGCUCCUGGUUUACCUAAAACUCGCUCUGGUAAAAUAAUGCGACGAGUACUUCGUAAGGUAGCUGUGAAUGACCGCGAUGUCGGUGAUAUUUCAACACUUGCUGAUGAAGCAAUUGUUGAUCAACUUUUUGCAAAUCGACCUUAAAAAGCUUUUAUUCCAAUGUCUUCUGUUCUGAUGUUGCAUAUUUUACUUUACAAAUUUUAAGUCUACUUAUUUAAUCUUUAGCUUAGAUAAUAAGUCACAAUGCAUUGUUCCACAUGAAUAUGAAAGAAGCAUUUGACGAUAAAAAAUUUAAAUUUAAAUUUAAUUUUAGAACAAAGCUCAUUUUUGGAAAAAGAAAAUUUUAAUUAAGUUAACUUUUAAGUUUUUUUAACCUUUACUUUUUAAUUGAAAUUUAAACGAAAACAUUAAUCAAAUGAAUCAGUAGAGAUUGACAUGAAAAAUCAUCGAAAUGUUCUUUGAAAUGUUCAAUCAUUCAAAGCUUACAAAACCAUAAAAUAAUCCGCAUUUUCGUAAUAAACCACACAAUAAUGGCAUAGAAUUAAUAAUGUAAUAAACCAAUAACUCCAAACCGUUGUGAUUUGUCAAUGACAAUUCAAUCGGAGCUCAUCAAAACUCUAUUUUGUGAUUAAUUAUAGUGAAAAAAGCAGCAACAAAGUUUCUUUCGUUACCGAAUCGAACAUUAAUCAGUUGUGAUCAAAUAAUUUACUCUGCACAAAUUCAUUCAGAAAAGCUUUGAAGAUUGAACAUUAAAAGUGACAAACAACAAAAUAAAUCUCGAAAUGCAACAAAAAUCUUUUAAGAAACUCGUUUUAAAAUAUUAUUUAAGAAAGUUUUCAGAGCUUGCAUGAAUACCUACAUAAAAUACUGAUGUUAAAAUAUUUCUAGCUUUGGACGUGAAAUUUUGUCAGCAAAUAUUAAAAAAAUUUAUGUGAAGCGUCCAAAUAAAGAUAAAAACAAAAAUAUUGCCUAGCAGCAUAACAAAACUCCUAUGAAAUUAAUUUAUGGCGCCCUUAACUCAUACAUAUCAUUCCAAAAAAAUCUUUGAAGCUUUUUUCAGAGAUGGUACAAGGAAUCAAAUAUUUUAGAGGACUUUUAUUCUUUUUGUUGAUAUUUUUGGAGUUAUAAAACUUACAAGGAUACAUUUAUUAGCUUAACAUGACUAAACUCUCUAUGGGAUUUGAAUGAAAAAUAUUAACAUAAAUUCUAUUUAUGUCGAUCAAUAUUUACACCGCUUGAUGAUGAUCAAUGUACGAAUCAGAAGCAUUAUCCUUAAAAAUAGUAUUAAGAUGAAAGAUAAUCUACAAGAUGAAAAUAUCUAUUAAUGUUGAAGAAUGUCUAAGAGAAGGUAAAUUUAAUUGCUGUUGAACAUUGAUAAUCUUAAUCAUAAUUGGAAGGAAAAUAAAAAUUCAUGUGAUCAGUUUCGCAAAUAAUGUUAAGCGAACACCAUUCAUUAAAUCAAUAAAAGAACAUAAAAAUAUCAGAACGUUUUUUAUGUUUAUGAUCACCUGUUGCAUUUAUUCCAAUUCCAUGAACAGCUGUGCUUUGCAUUGUCAUAGCAACGAAAUUCGUUAAACUUCCAGCCGUUGCCAUGCACUUAAACAUUCAUAAACAAACAAGAAAAAAUGUCGAACGAUAAAAAAUUGAAGCAGAAAGAAAAGAUUAAAAAAAUACGAAAUAAUAAAAAGAAAUUGAUAUCAAACAGUCAGAAG